AUGGGUGUCACCUCUCGCUCUCUGCUAUUGGUUUGCGCAUGUUUUACGGCUGCGCUGAUUGGUGAAGCGCGCUCAGGCGGGGUGUGUCUUCAGGACGGCAAGCACAAGACCACGCCCAGCCCGGAGCCACACCUGCGGGAUUGCUCGCUGUACGCCGACAAUAGCUGCUGUACAGAAGAUGACAUCGAGGACAUCUCCCAUGUUCCCUCUGCUAUCAACAAGAAUGAACCCUGGGACAAGUGUGGGCCUCUCAGCCCUAUGUGCGAAGGCUUCCUGAAACGUGUGUCAUGUUUUUACCGCUGCUCCCCUGAUGCUGCACGUUGGCCUCAUCCUCACCGCCGCUCAUACAUCCAGGCUGUGCCGCUCUGCCACAGCUUCUGCCGUGAUUGGUUUGAUGCAUGCAGGAUGGACUUGACGUGCGCUCGUAACUGGGCCAGAGACCCCAGAGGACAGAACUGCACUGGUACCUGUGUUCAGUAUCAGCAGAUGUACCAGCAUGGCCGGGAUCUUUGCGAGAGCCUGUGGGGUGAUGCCUUCAUGACAGUGGAGGAUGAGCCAGAGGAGAUGGGAGAGCCUGGAGAGACUGGUGACGGCGGUCACCCCUGUGGCUGCCUGACACUCAGUCCCUCAGACAAGGAUGUGAUCGCUGCCCUCAGGGCCCAGCAGGACGACCCAGAGGAACUGGACACCACCAAGACUGGCCUCCCUCAGUACCGCGCCCCUUGCCAGACCAAGCUGCCCCUGCAGGCCAGGAGCGGCAGAAAGGGGAACUCUGUGCUGCGUAAGCGCUCAGUCAUAGUGGACGACGGGGAAGGGAGCGGGAGUGGCUUGUAG